CUGCGGUCAAAAUUUAUCAACAUCUACUGACCUAGUCUGGUCUAUGACUCUAUCUAGACUAGACUAGACUAGACUAUCUAGGUCUAGAUUUAGAUUAUAAGAGACUAGAAUCACUAGACUCUAGAUCUAUAUAGAUUGCACUAGCUCUACGACUACAUAUACACUUAUACAGAUAUAGUGUACAUAGAUUCUAGUAAUAAAUCUAGAAUCUAGAUUUAGAAUUUAGAUCUAGUCUAGUAACAUUUUUGAAGUUCAGAAGUACCUCCCUCAGAAUUGUAAUAUUAAAUAUAUAUUGUAUUAUCACUAAUAUCACAAGUACUCUAGUCUAGACUCUAGUCUAGAGAAGAGACACUCAGACAGUAGAGCUCAGUUACACUCAGUAGAAUACUCUGCAAAGAAAACACAUGUAUAUAACAAAGAUCAAAGAGCCAUUACAAUGUGAACUACAUUGAUCUAAUAUCCUAAACUAUUUUUGUGUGUGAAUAUUUUGCUUCAUUUGCAUAAAGAAUGUCAGUACUAAAUAGAAUGAUAACAUUGAUCAGUUGUGGACAUAAGAAGAUUGUCGCUGUAUUAAGAGCAUUUGCAUAUUAUGUUCCAUGGAAAGCAGUUUAUAUUGUAUUUAUUUUUUUCAUUUUGACUCUCUAUCUGAUGUUUAUUGUCAUCAAUGACCGCUUCAUGCAUCACAUUCCAUGGUAUGAGCGCUCUGCACCUUGCCAAACUCCUAAAUCCACAUUGGACCUCAUGGUCAAUCUGACAUUUACAGUCUCUGACGUACUCACCAAGUAUGGGGUUAACUAUGUGAUGUGUUAUGGCACCUUGUGGGGAGCUCUACGGUAUGGAACCAUUUUACCCUGGGAUAAUAAUGUGGAUUUUUGUGCUUUGACAUCUGAAAUACAUAAAAUAGACCUACUAACACUAAGAAAGCAUUUAGAGCCAGAAGGUGUCACUGUUGUUCGGAACUAUCGUCGUGGGACAUACACUAUAACCAAGGGACCAGCUGAGGUGGUCAUUAAUGUUUUCUAUGUGACACCAUUUGGUGAGGUUCUACAGGAUGGCUUUGAGAACAGGUUUCUUUGGUUCUUUCAGGACAGCCCACUGUCAUUUCCUCAGAGGCUUAUGGCUAUUCCAUUUAAAACCAUGCCCUUUCACAAUCGCCCCUUGCCUGUUCCUCAUGAUGAUUUAGAGAUGUUAAAAUACUUGUACAAAGAUGACUGGUGGAUUGAGAAGAAACCCCCAGAUUGUAAAUGAAAAAAACUAAGUACUGUAUAGAUUAAUCUGUGGUGCUCGCAACUGAUUAUGUAACACAAUCAUAUGACAACAAAGUUGAAGAUUAAAAACAUUUUUUUUUACUUGUAACUAGCAUAUAUACAAAAUUGUUGACAAGUUUUCCUAUGCAGUGUAUUAAAUUGACUUGGUUCAUGGUUGGAAUCGUACAUGGAUAUACUGUGAUUUUUCUCCACAAUUUUUAUUGAGGAUUUCAAUGUGCUACUAUAAACAUAAAUCAUUUUCUUUUGAAAUUUAUAUGCUCUAACAUUUAUAGUGGUUUUAUGAUUUUUUAAUAUCUUUUGUUUUCUUAUAUAGCUUUGGUUUAUUGAGGGCAUACAGCAUAAUAACUCCCCUCCCCCCCAAAAGAGCAAUCUACAAUCUUCCAUCUAAGAACAGGACACACAGAUCUUUAAAUUAUCACCUUAACAAAUAAAUCCCACUCACCCACCCCUCUUUAGACACUGCACCCAACCUUAUGAAAAUGUGAUUUGAAUGUCCCAUUUUAAUUCACCUUUGGUGGACCCUACUACCAUUAUACACCAACAUAACCAACAAUCUGUAUGGCAGUGCUGGACAACUGAAAAACACAGCAACUGCUUUUCUAUGGGACAGACUGCAAAAAAUCCUACAGCUCAGCAGUAAAAAGCUGGCUAGAAAAAGAAGAAGGCAUAAUAACACUAGUAAAUGUCAACUCAUUUUUAGAUGUUGUUUUGACAGGGUUAAUAUUUCUUUUAUGUUGCUUGCAAUACUUAGCAACAUAUGAUAUUAUGUUCAGGUUUAAGAGACAUUCCAAUAAUUUUUGGGCAUGAAAAUUUUGAUUGUGGGCAUGUUUGAACAUGUAUAUUUUAAUUUGAUAAUAAAAUAGUUAAGAUUCUAGUUGUCUUAGGUAUUUCUUUCAUUCACAUCUGUAAUUGAUACCACAAUACUUGAUGAAUUUUCUUUAUAAAGAGAUUUUAGGCAAGAUGUCAAAAGCUAUCAUUAAUAAAAAUCAACUUUAGUAUACAAAAAGCUGCAUGGAUUAGGGAAGAAACAAACUAGAUCAUGGUGUACUUUAUUUAAAACUGACAUUUAUUCAACCUUGAAACACUAUUGGUAUCGUUGAAUAUUUGGCAGUUUAUAUAUUUUUGGUGAUUAUUGUUCAAAAUUUUUAAAACGAAUUGCAAUAAUAUUAAAAUUAUUUUUUUUUGCUAUUUUAAAUGUGUGAAAUGUAAAGCUGUUUGUAUAUGGACUUUUAAAAACGGUAUAAAAACAUUUUGCUGUGAUUUACUUGUAAAGUGAUUGGCUUUUGUUCAGUGUAUCUCAAAUUGGGAUGCCAGUGAAUUGUUAGGGUGCUGGUCACAUGACAUUGGUCAUGGAAAUAAAUGAACUGCCACAUCUUAAAAAGAAUUUUUACUUUGUUUAAAAAAAAAGGAAAGAAUAUGAUUGGAGAGAGCUAAUAUAAUUGAUUACACUUUUCUUGUUGUUUGAUUAAAAUAUUAUUAUUCUAGCAUUUUGAGAGCAUCAGAUAUAUAAUUUGGCUUAUUGUCUAGGAACAAAAUGUUUUCUCAUGCAUCACUAUUAUGCUUUGAAAGACUUUGCUAGUGAAUCUUAACAUUGUUUUGAAAGUGAGGCUUGCUUUAGUUCAUAGAGUAGAUAGAAGUCAUAGGCAUGUAGUGAAUGGUUUGACAUAACUAUAGAUAAUUAUAUCAGUUUUAACUCAGACUUACUUGUGAUUUGAGUUAAGUUUCAAUGUCAACUGCAACUGUUUGAAAUGUACAUGAAGAUGUAAUACAAUUGAAAGACAUCUAAUGUGAAUUCCAUAUUUAAUAAUUGAACUAUACCUGAAAAGAAUUUGUGCUAAUGAAGUAGCAAUGCAUUAUCAACAUGGAUAUUGUACUUUUGAACUUGCUAUUUUGGCAAUCCUCUUUGCUCAUCUUGCCAAUGUUAUAUAACUUAAAAGUGCAAGAUUGUCAUGAAGUAUUUAUACAUCUUACAUUGUGUCAUUCUUGAUUUCAAGUUUUUUUGUCCUGCAAACACCAAGGCCCAACUGCUGUGAAAAUGUUCAUGCUACUUCAAGCAGUUGGUCAAUAAACAGUUGCUAUUGCAGCCCAUUUUCUCCCAUGACUAUCUGGCAAGCUAAGUUGGCAUACACUGGCCACUAAGAACAUCAAUUGAAAGAACUAAUCUUACUCUUAACUGAAGCAGAGAGGGGUGGGUUAGUACUUAUUUAUGAGUAUGGGUGUUUGUUUAAUAAUAAAAUAGGAACAAAGAUUCAGUCCACUUCAAGUAUGAGAUCCAUUAAGACUUUUGAAUUCUGUUAAAACUUGUAAAUGUAAUAAAUAUAUAAAUUACACUCUCUAACAAAUGACAAUACAUGGUGUUUAUAUGACUGGAUUAAAUGAAAAGGAUUCAUAAAUAACUUACCCCCAGUGUUUACUGUAAUACAUCUAAUACUUUUGGAAUACAAUAAUACUAAUAUCAAUAUUUCUAUUGCUUCAUGUUCUCAGACAAAUAAUAAUGAUUAGUCAUCUUGUUUCUGUCCAUAAACCAGUGGUUUCUAUGAAAUGAUUUCUAUUUUUAUAACUAACUGUAAUUUUAUUUGUUACUUUUUUUAAGUUUCAUAUUUUGUAUUUAUUAUUAUUAUUAUUCUAUUUUAAAAAAAAGGAGGGAGGUAUAUUUAAAAUGUCAUUUUAAAAAAGCAAAUAAAUGCAGUUUACUAUCUUUUUAUAAAAAAUCUGUAUAAAAUCAGUCAAGUUGGUCUGUGACCAAUGACAGGAGAGUAUUUUUUAAAUAGCUUUCAUUGUAGAAAUGGUUGUUCAGAUCAUUGGUAAACCCAAUAUAAUUGUAAGUCCCCUAGUCCUGUCUGCACACUGGUUUAGCUUUUAUUUGUAUUUAUUUUAAAUGUUGAUAAUAUUAAUAUUUAUUGAUUAUUUCUAAGUUACAGAAAUCUUGUAAAGCAAGAGAAAUAUAAUAAGCAAAAAGAAAACAAAAUGUAAUAAAUGUUAAUGAUUGAUGAUUUCGUCACAUAUUAGUACUGACAUUUUGAACCUGUUAAGUCUUUCAUAUUUUAAAAAAAAAUCUAAAGUUGGGUGAUCUAGAUCUAGAAAAUAUCAUGCAGUAUUAGCAUUGGUUAAAUCAAUGGUUUCUUUUUUUUUCUUUUACAAAGCUUAUAUCAACUCACUUUGUGUGGUAAAAAGUUUGUGCAUGUUAUUUCUCUGAUAACUAUCUGUGUUCAAGCUGAAAUUUUGCACAAUUAUCUCUUCUACCUGACAACACAAGAAUAAAAAAAAACCCAA